GAGAGAGAGAGAGAGAGAGAGAGAGAGAGAGAGAGAAUGAUGAUGGAGACAGUAAUAGACUGAUUAACAUAAAAGAACUUUGAGAAUGGUACAGCAUCAGAGGGAAGAGGAAGCUUGACAAUCCGACAGUGGUAAUCUUACAAUCGACAACGCUGACCGGUACCCCUUCGUACCAUCCACGAUGUCGAUACCCUCCCAGCGGCCUGAAUCAGGCAUGUCAGACGUGGAAAGUUCUCGGGGAGGCUCUACUCCGCAGCCCCCUGGCCUCUCCUUGCCUGGGGGGUCCUCGCCCACCCCUAAGGCGGCGCCCCCCCACCGGUCCCCCGCCCCUGGACCCGGCUCUCCCACUGGCAAGAGAAAGGUGUCCAUAGCUUCGUCCGUGGCCUCAGGAGCUUCGUUGGCUUCACUGCUCACGAAGCUUCACCAGCCUCCCGCCACGAGUCUCUCACUUGAAGGGAAACUUAAAGUUAGGGCGACGCUAGACUGUGGCAGCGACGUUCUCUCGUGCAAGUUCUCUCCCGACGGAUCCACGAUAGGUGUCGCGCUGAGGUCAGGCCAGGUCAGGUUCUUCACCCAGGCAGGAGCUUUGUCCCAUACGCUUCAGCUCGCGGAGUCGGACGGCGAGGCAGCAGCGCCAGCGACGUCUCUCAUUUGGAUGCCGGGAGGCCAACCCGACGCCGUCCUCGCCACGUAUGCUGAUGGGCAGGUGGUGUCCUGGUGUGGCCGCAGCGUGGGUGUUGUGUGCAAGGAUGGGGGCGUCGACGUAAGGGCGGCACUUGUGGGCGGGCUGGACAACCAGGUCGUGACCUUCACUCGAAGUCAGAUCAACAUUCGGGAUGUGAAUAGCCUCUGCUGCAUAACGACCAUGGAUCAGGAGAUGGGCGGCCACUUGAUCGGGCGGGGCGCUCUGUGGGCGGUAACAGGUCGCGGGCGGGAGAUCGUAGGAGGAGGCAGCGGUCUGACUUGGUGGGACGCCCGCACAGGUGCCUCCACCCGCAGCGUGGGCGGGGUACAAGUUCGCGGGCCCGCCCUCGCCUGGCACCCCAACGCAAAUAAAAUGGUAUCAGGCAGCUGGGGCGGCGGCGGAGACAGCGUCAAGGUGUGGGAAGCGUCUUCCGCCAAAACGACGCACGUGCUGUACUCCGACUCCGCGAACACCUCCGUAUACACCACAACCUGGGUGGGGAGGGAGGUGGUGGUGGUAGGGGGAGGAGACCCCAAUCUACUGAGACUGGCAACCCUUGAUAACACUACCGUGGGCGUGAUGCGAGGGAUACGAGCUCCUGUGUGGGCGGUGGACGCCUACAUGGGCCGAGGUCACCAAGGGACGCGUAUUGGCGUGGCCUCAGGGACGACCUUGUACAUUCUGGAUGUUCUGAAGUGAUGAUGUCGCGAACAAUA